GCUACCUAUCCACUUUACUUUUUACUCGGCCUCUCCAUCUACAACAACCACAUCAACGACUGGAGUCUUCUUCUCAAGACUCUCGGUCACCGCCACAAUGAGGUUUCACUACGAGUUGAACAACAAGGAUGAAUUGGAGCUUCGAGCUUCAGGUAUAUCUACCCUUUACUGCCCUUUAUCCUUCAAAGUUGAUCAAGUCUUCACAGAUCUUCCCUCAAAGCCGCCUCCAAGCAUUUCUCGGCACCCAUCUCCCGCCUCUUCAGCUUCAUCAUGCACAUUGAAAGACGAAAGCGAAGUCGAAGACCGCUCUACCAACGAGUAUGGCUUUUAUCACGAUGGUGAGAAAAAGGUGAAGCGAGUACGUCGCGAGAGAGAAAUCGGAACCCAACGAUCGAGACCUUACGCUCUCGACUCCCAUAACUUUUCGUCGCUCAUUGGUCGUGACAAGGUGUCAACUGCCUUCGAGCAUCUCAAGGGCGGUCCAAGUACUCUUGAAGUGAAUGGUGGCUUCAACACUCGCAAGAGACAACGUUCCUCAAAUUCCAAGGAGAUUGUCCCGGGUGAGAUCGGCUCCGGUUCCGAGCGUGGUUCCGAGCGUGAUCUUGACAGAACAGAUCGUCAUACUUCAAGUCGUCAAGCAUUUGACCUUGAUAUCCAGCAGUACAUGCAUGAACAUCAGCAGCAGAAGAUUGAGGACGGGAAAGUUUUGAUCGAUAUCGACGCUUUGGAAGAAGAACUUGAGGAAGAAAUCAAUAACGCUGAAAUCCAAGCCAACCGUCCGAUUUCACAACCGAGACGAAACAUCCCAGCGAGAAAUGUUCCGGUUGCACUCCCCUGGAUCAAGGUCGAUUCUGUGCGCUGCGGCGAUUCCACUUUGAAGGCUGGCAAGACAGUGGAACUCCAAGGCGGACACUUCCUUUUGAUCGCUGAUGUGUUGAAAAACUUGAAGACCGAUGUCUUCAAGCUACGAGGUUGGCAAUUGAAGAGAUGCUCGAGCUUCAAAGGUCAAUUCCGUCGUGCUUUAAAUGAGCUCUCCUUCGUUUAUGAGGUCGAGAUGGACGAUCCUCGCCCCGCUGAAGAACAGUCCAGAGUGGACAUUGGGCUUGACCAUGUCGUUCGUGUUCGGGAGCUCAUUCGAACCAAUUAUCUCUACCCUGCCCCUCAACCCUUUGAUCCCAUUUCGAAUGAUCAAGCCGUGAAUGAGAAGUGGGCUCGAGAGCACGACCGUCUUGUUGUUCGAUGGAAGCACACUACUCAGUAUGCCAAUCGAGCAGAACGUUUGAGAGUUCUCACGUACCCUCUGAACAUACAGGAGACACGAAUCGAGACUCUGACCGAGGCUGAGUGUUCCGAAGGAUAUCAUCUCGACCCAACGGUGACCAGAUACCUGUGGCGAGGAGAAACGGUACUUGGAGGUUCUGGUGUGAAAGAGGGAACCACCAACCAUCGCCGUUCAGGUCUUUCGGAACACCGUAAGCAAUCAUUUCAAGGAGGAAAACUCGCUGCACUUGAGUUCUGUCCAAUAUGUGGAGACAGCUUUCCAGAAGUGGAAGUGCUUUUUCAACAUUUCCAAGAAAAUCACCAAAAGCACCUCAAUUACUCGCAAGACCGACGUAGACAUGAACCUAGUUCCUCGUCCAAGGCCCAGUCUUCGUCCGCGAAGCCUCGCAACAAUCGCCAUGGUAAGGGCUCUAUAGGUGUGAUUGGUGGACGUCUAGCUUCUGGAUUGAGGUUGGAUUCGGAUACUCAAAGCCAGAGGUACACGUACGGAGAUACUUGCACUACAAGAGGGGCAGCUUUAGCAGGUCUCCAAGUAAUUUGGGGUCUUGACGUGGAUAGUAAUUCUAGCCAAACUUGGCGGAAGAACUUUCCACACGCUAAACACUUCGAGAUGUGGUCUUGGGACUUCGUUGCACUGCCUGACGACCUGAAGCAACUUCUAGUCGACAUACUCCAUCUGUCUCCGCCAUGUCAAGUCUGGUCACCAGUACAUGUUGUGCCUGGAAAGAACGACGAACAGAACUUCAGCUCGUUGUUUGCCUGCGAGGAGCUGAUCAAGAAAGCUCGACCUCGUAUCAUAACCCUUGAGCAAACUUUUGGUAUUUUACAUCCGAAGUUCAGUCAGGCUUUCAACUCCCUGAUUCAGAUGUUUACCUUCCAUGGCUACUCCGUUAGCUGGCGACUUGUUGAACUUCAACGAUUGGGUCUCGCUCAAAGACGUCGUCGUCUCGUCAUUUUUGCUGCUGGCCCUGGUGAGACACUUCCCAAGUUCCCUCGAUAUACCCAUUCCGAUCAUCCUGGAAGUGGUCUGAAGCCAUAUACAAGUGUCGAAUCUGUUCUUGCAGAUAUCCCCCGGCAUGCUGCAAAUCACGAUGUCAAUGACAUGCUAGCCAGAGGAACUUUAAAGGCGCCUUGGGAUGCUUCGGGAAUCGUCACGUGUAUCACUUGCAACGGAGGAGGAAGAGGCCACCCUAGUGGCUUAAGGAACUUCACCUGCCGUGAGCUUGCUAGUUUGCAGUGUUUCCCUCAUACUCACGUGUUUUAUGGAGGAGCAAUUAGGAAGCAGAUCGGAAACGCCGUGCCGCCAUUGGUUGCCAAUAUUCUGUUUCGAGAGAUCGUUAAACACCUCGAGAAGACAGACGGAGUUGUUCGACAAGUCCAUGUCCUAGAUUAAAAGCGGUAUGGGUUCAGUGGUUUGUGCUUGUUUCCAAAAUGGUUGGAGUUUCGAGGUAUGAUUUAAAGGCCUGGGGAGCCUUUCAGUAAGUACAGAAUCUCCGCAUGUAUUGCUGGGCUGCUGGGCUGCUGGGCAGCAGGCAACGGAUUGAAAGGGAAGAAUAACAGGAAGCAAUACUGAACGAUACAGGCUCUUGCAUCAUUCAGUUUUUUGAUCGAUAGUCAUUCAAUCCUUUUCAGUCAUUCAAGCCUUUUCAGCAAUUCAAGCCUUUUCAGAUGUCGAAUAG